GCUCUCGCAAUGGCUUCCACCGAGUCGCAAGAAUGCACUGUGUUGAAGGACGACUUCUACGAUGACCCUUCACAGCUAUCUCAACUGCUCAGGCAACGGGCAGGCAGCGAUUGCCCGGUCCAAUUCACUGCCUCGCCCGACCGCCACCCCUACGCCAACGCGACAGCAACCUCGACAACAACGGGUCAGGCCUCUAACCCGUCGCCUAACCCGUCACCUAACCCGUCACCUAACCCUCACCCCAAGGACGCUUCAGGUCACCCGCCACGCGCAGUGCAGCCCCGACGCGUCCAAAUCGAUCCGAGACAUGUCAAGCCAAGUCUACCAAAGCGUAACACGGCACCAACAAGCACGGGGUUUGUGAAGGAGAGGGAAGGAGCCGCGAAGAUGUUCCAGAGCUUUGAUGGCGUGGCCGACGCUCCGGGCGACACACAACCGGACAGUCAAAUGUUCAGACAGUAUACGAGUGGCAUAUUGGAGAGUGUCAGUAACCGUAUGCCGAGCCCAAAGCCCUUGUUCGAUGUGGCCGAGGAGAGCGCAGACCGGCCAACGGACAGCGUCGAGUUGGUAUCGUCAAGUCAAGAGCGACGCAGCCCGGUCAUCACCAGUCCCACCGUGAUCCACGAUGAUUCCGAGAUCCAAUCGCGAAUGGGGCCACCGCCGACGAGUCCGCUGAAGUUCGAGACACCGGCGCUUGCUAGCAAGAAGAGGGACAAUCAGGGCCACGUGCUCAGCUCUGCGAUAAGGACGGAGGCGACGCCGGGCACAGUUCUCUCUGCGUCUGCUUUCUUUGGCUUUGGCAAUGAAGGACACGGCAAUGGCAUGUCUUUGACACAGGCAUUUAAUGCUACACAGGCAGGAACCUCGCCUAUCGUAGGCGCACCGAUCGAGGACCCGGUCUUCCAGCGGCCUUCUCCAAACUUCACAAAUGCGCGUCAAUCGAGCCCGGUCCAACCAAUGUCUAGCCCCAUUAAGGCUCCACGAAGGAGUAGUCCCGCCAUUCGAUCCUCAAGCGAGCCGAAGGCCGAUUAUGAGACCAUGAAGCAAUCGCAAGAGAGGCGGAAACGUGAGGUAACGAACCGGACUUCGGCGGGUGCGCAGGAAAGCUGGGAAGAGCCUACUGCAGUCCAGAGGCGCUUCGAAAAGCGGAAGGCAAAGGAGAGAUUCAAGCAACAGGCGGCGAGGUCUCUCUCGGGCGUAUCUACCCCGGCCCCUUCGCGACAGAGCAGGAAGCGCGGCCUACUUUCGAUCAGUUCAACAUACGUCUCUCCCGCGAAAACAAGGUCUUCAAGAGCAAGAGCAUUCGAUGGUUCUCAUGACUCCGACGGUGACGACGGCUCCCCGGACGAGUUGUCACAGCCAGCGAAUGGACAUGGUGAAGGCGAUUCACCCGACGAACUUUCACAAGAUAUAUUGUCUAGCGCACGCGUAUCGCGCACUCCGGCCACCGUAGUGAAACACAGCAGCGGGGUCACGAAAGUUCAGGUGCCCAAUACUUCUUCUCACCCUACGCGUACUCCUUCCGGCCAGUCUGCGCGCAACACCACUCGAUCAGAAAGCCCUACUUUGCAAAUACAACGCGAGUCGCAAUUUCGAGCCCCCGCGUCCCAGCCUCUUCGUCGGGGUGUAGCCAAGCUGCGAAGCGGAAGAGAAUCCGAAAUCAUAAUGGACUCCCAGCCGGACCCUAGUGCCGAACCCGGCAGUACGCCCAAGCCGCUUCGAUUCCCGUCCUCGCCCUCUAGCAACCAAUACAGCAUCAACCAAACUACCAUGCGUGCUAAGACAGGGUACACCAGCCAAGUGGUCUCGUCCUCAAUACCCCCGAUGCCGCCAAGUUCCAGUUCACAGCAAUUAGAUAGGGUACACGAUGAUGGCGUAUUUCCUGAAGACAACGAAGAACGAGUUCCGAGCAGUCCGCCAAUUGUUCCGCCGGAGGACAUCACCUAUGACGAACACGCCUAUGAAGAGCAUUCGGAGGGCGAAGGAGAGGAAGAGCUACGCCAGGCGCCCGCUGCGAGCGAAGACGUGAACAUGGAUGACGAGGAGGAUCUCCCUGUCGCGAAAGAUGAGGUCAAUGCAGGAGAUGAAGAAGUGGAAUCACGGGACCCUGCUCAGAAAGCAGGUGCAGAUGUGGAGCCUGAGGAGCCCAACAUACCUGAUCGUGACGUGCGCAGCGAUGACGAGGUCCCGGAGACGACGGAGCGUGAAGGGUCGCCUGAUCUUCACAAUGAAGAGGAAGAGCUAAUCCGAUCCAGUCAUCCCGAGGAAGGGUCGCACAAUGUUUACAGCAAGCCCGAAGCGCCGCGACGAAACCAGCGGCAGUCCACUGUGCCGGAGACAGACAUGUUCGAGGAGACCCAACCAUCGUUCUUUCGGGAGGGUGAGAAUGGCGCACAGGGUAAUAUCCCCGUGGUGGGGCUAACCGUCGAUGACAGCAAUGCUCCGAAUCAGACCAACAGUACCGAGCCAUUUCAUACUGCGCAAGAGCAACAAUCAACUUCGCAGUCAAAUAGGCUCUCAAAGGACCCCGUCAAGGCAUGGGUGGACGAUAACUCCCCAGAGGCACCCAAGAUUCGCUCGUUGCUUGACAUUGCCAAUCAGCCUGGGACGCAACGUUCUACGGAUUUGGACGGUAUCGAGAUGCCACAGCUUAGCUUCGUUGCAGAUCACGAUGAAGUUUUCGAGGAUAUGAUAUCGGGCUCUUCUCCAACCCGGCCGAUCAAGAAGCGCAAAAUCACAUACAGCGCGAAGAAGGCAUUUCGCAGCCCGGUUGAAGACACUGAUCCUCCUUCCGAUCACCUUUCUACAUCGCCCCUAAAGGGAGUCCAAAAUGUUCGAAAGGAGAUCUCAUCGCCAUUAGCUUCGGCUAGCGAGCGGGAGGGACAAGGCGCACUGGCCGCGGAGCGUGCUCGGGAGGAAGCUGUCUUUGCGCAACCGGCGACCCUCAAAUCAAGGAAGCUGCUGAAACCUUCCACACCGCAAACACCUCGGAAGGGUGCACUGAAGCCCGUCAACAGGGCCUUGUUCAUGACUUCCCCGCGGAAGUCGCCACCCAAGUCGACUGUUCCGGAAGCCUCUACAGCCAUUAAACCGCCGUCGUCCGCUAUUGUGACUCAGAAGGGCGAUGUGGAGAUGCGCGAUGCAGACGAUCAUACCAGCGAAGCGGACGAACUUGCGCGGCCCACACCGCAGGCUAACGAAUCAGAUCAUGUUAUUACAUCCACAUCCGAUGCUGGCGAGGCUCCGACGGGCGAGCUUCUUGUCCCGAAUCGCGUCUUCGCCUUCUGGCCGGGCAAAAACUACUAUCCCGCGACCUGCCUCGGUCGUGCAGAUGCCCGCCGUCUCCGCGUCCGCUUCGACGAUGGCAACAUGUACACGUCAGACAGUGUUCAGAUACGGGCGCUCGAUCUUCGCGAUGGGGACCUAGUCAAAGUGGACGUAACUGGCAUGAAGAAGCAUACGUAUGUCGUAGUCGGCUUCAAAGAUAAGAUCGAUCCGAACGCCAGCGAGGAAUACCCUUUGACGGAUCGACACGGCUAUUCUACAAUUGUUCUGGAAGAGAAGCAGAGGGACAGCCUGCCUGCGCCCGAAGCAGAUGCGUUAAAGAAACACAUUGCGGUGCCAAUGGGAUGUAUCUAUCUCACUACCCAGUUGUGGUCUCGUAUUCGCGACCGAUAUUACCAGUUCUCGUCGUCGUCGACUCCGAGCGCAUCUGUGUCCCGCCAUGCCACACCAGGGACUGCUGAUGGCUUGCCAACCCCCACCUACCCUAGACGAAGCACUGCUGGGCCUUCCCUCCUGCGAGAGUCGAUUACCCGCACUGGUUCGGUGGCUUCCUCGGUCCUGUCUGGAGGCAAUUCCUUCAUGAACAUGGCCUUCGCGAUUACCCUCACAAAUGACGCCUCCGACAAAGACGCUAUCACCCGGCUCAUCACCUCCAACGGCGGCCAGAUCCUCGACUCCGGCUUCCACGAGCUCUUCGACGUCGAGGCAUCGGAUGCACCCAUGUCAUCUGAAGGAACGGCUAAGGUCGUCUCCGGCCUGGACGGACUGCUGCUCAAGCGCGAAUACAAAGAUCUCGGGUUCGUGGCGCUCAUCUCAGACUCACACUCGCGCCGCACAAAGCACUUCCAGGCUCUCGCCCUCAACAUUCCAGUUCUGCACCUCCGCUGGAUCCAAGAUUCGCUCUCCGCGUCUCGGCCCCUCCCCUUUGUGAAGUACCUGCUCCCAGCUGGGCUGUCGACCUAUCUCGAUCCUGAGGGCGUCGUGCGCUCGCGCAUUAUGUCUAUCUACGAUCCUACCGCGGAAGACACCAGCUUCAUGCAGAUGGUGAAGGAGCGCGAGUUACUGCUUCGCAAUCAAUCCGUACUCAUCAUCACCGGGCGAUCGAAGAAGGAAGUCGAACGCAAGGAGCCAUAUAUUUUCCUAACGCAUGCUCUCGGUCCGGCAGAUGUGGGUACAUGCAAGGAUCUCGCGACCGCCAAAGCCUUGGUCAAAGACGGGGAGUGGGACUGGGUGUAUGUUGAUGGUGGUGCAGACGCUGUUGCUGAAGCGGCCUCUACCCUCUUCGGAGGCAGUAAGAGCGCGGCGCCUAAGAAGAAGGGAAGCAGGAAGCGAAAGCGAGAUGAGAGUGCGGAGAGCGAGGUGCUGGUCCGCUCGGGUAUGGCGGGGGGAAAGAAGUUGCGCAUCGCGUGCGACGAGUUCAUCAUUCAGAGCCUCAUCCUAGGUGCUCUGAUCGAGGAGUAGCAGCGUGGAUGUUGUCGUUACGACAAGGCUUUUUCAGGAUACGAGGGCAGGGUGGUUGGUGUUUUGGUCUUCUGGCGUUUCGUACAGGCAUAGCUUAGCGAUUCGGCGAGCCGCCUCGCUCUGCGAAUGUGUACCAUAUGGGACGGCGUAUGGCUGGCGGUACCAAUUGGUUGCGGAAGGGGAGUUUUGGUAGGAUAGGCUUUCAUAAGCGUGUCGUCGAAG